AGGGUUGCCUUCUUCUUCUUCGUCUUGUUCUUUCUCUGUUUUGAGAUUUCUGGGUUGAUCUUUGAGGGCGACCAGUGGUGUCAUGAAUGUGAGGGAAGCGGUUCAGUGCAGAGGGUUCCGAAGGUGAUUCUGGGUAGUGAGUGCCCUUCUUUGUGGGUUGGGUUGUGAGGGGGUGAAGGAGUGUGUUGUAGGACGGCAGAAUCCGUGUAGAGGUUUGGCGGGGAGAUCCGAGUUGGGUGGGAGUGAGUUUUUUGUUCAUGGGAUUCCUAGGGAAGAGUCUGUGAGAUGAGUUUUUGUGUCAGGUUUUUUAGCGGCGACGUCGUUGUGAGGUGUUAAGCCUAUUUUUGUAAUUUCUUUUAAAUAUAUUAUUUUACUGGUAUAAUUGGGUGGAGUGCGUGUUGAAUUCUUUGGAUCAUUGAAGGUAGUUGACUCAAAGAUCGGCUGCAAUGGGGCGAGGUUUUAGAGGACAUAUUGCUGUGUGCUCGACGACGUUGCUCCUGACUCUAAAUCUGAUUGUUCUAACUGGGGGCAUUGCCUCAGUUAUCCUCAUGUUUCUCAUUGAGAAUCAGCCAAGCCGGGCAGCAUGGCUUAUUAUCAUUGCCGGUAUUUUCACCAUUGCUUCAGGUCUAAUAGGUCUUUGCUCAAGUACUAGACGAGGUUGUUUCACGCUUCAGCUUGUACUACUGGCCUUCUCUGUGAUUGGUCUAUUGGCGACUGCCUUUGCAAUCUUUUCUAGACCUACACAAGUUCGCAAUGCGUUGGACAAGCCGACAUACCAAGUUGAUACCACCAAGACGCUCCUUACGGUGUUGAGUGCCGUUACAUUUUUCACGGGCUGUGUUCAGGGUGCGGUCUUGACAUUGGGAAUAUGCGUGAAUUGCUGCGAUUUGAACGACUACUACGAAGAUAUUGAGAUGACUCGAUCGAUGAAUGCCAAGGAGGCGAAAGAGGCCGAUAAACGAGCGGCUAGAAAAGAAGAGUCAAAGUCUACGCAGCUGGCCGAGCAAAUGAGGGAAAAGUACGGGAAGUGGACUGACAAAGGUCAAGGCGGCGCUGCUAAGAAGUAAACAAGGGGUGGCGUAAGUUGUUGAUAUGUGAAAAGUCAUAGCUCCGGCCCUAGUUUUCACUUUUAACUACCUGACAUGAUCCUUUUAGUUAAGGAUACUCUUUCGUAUGUUUAUUGCUGUUCGGCAAUUUCCAUUACAGCUAUGAAUGUCAUUGUGAGAUUUUUGAAAUUCUUAUUAGAGUGGUGAUUGUGCAGUAGAAUAGGGGAAAGUAGCAGUGUGAUCGUUGGUGGCGGGUGUCCAAAGCCUGUCUCAGUUUCCUUAUCUUCGCACCGCAGUAUUGCCAUAGCGUUGAUUUGGAAAUGUUUUUUUUUUUUCUUUAAAGUGUAGUUAUCUUUUAGACCUGUCAGGAUUGUCUUGUGAGGCUCUUAUAGAGCUGGGACAUCUGCUUCUAGUCUGCAUCACUCUUAUAUUGAGGACAUGGGUGGUGGCUUGGGUAGAAACACGUAGUUUGACAGUUUAGGUUUUUGACUAUUAAUGGGUUUAGCCUAUAUCCUAAAACUGCAGGUGCGGGUUUUAUUGUUUUGGGUGAGUGAAUGGCAUCGCUCUGACAGGCAUAGGUAGUCUUGUUUGAGGGAAACAUUUUCUCAGAAGUGAAGGGUAUUGAAGGUAUUGUAACAUGAUCGAUCCUUACUUUGGAUCUAUGCAAUGGUCUUUGAAUAAUAGCCUCAUUCAAUGCUCAUCUUAA